AUGUCAGAUUUGAACCGGCAGUUAGAAAUUCUGUAUGAUGGGAAACUCAUAACAGAGGAGGAAGUCGCCCAGCUUUGUGAGCGCUGCAAGGACCUCAUGCUGGAGGAGGGCAAUGUCGAGACCAUCUAUGCCCCUGUAACUCUUUGCGGAGACAUCCAUGGUCAAUUUUUUGAUCUUUUAGAGCUCUUCGGGAAGGGCGGUCGCGUUCCUGAAACAAGUUAUGUGUUCAUGGGUGACUAUGUGGAUCGUGGUUACCACAGCGUAGAAACGUUGCUGCUGUUAUUGUUGUUGAAAGCUCGAUACCCUGACCGUAUUACCCUCCUGCGGGGUAACCAUGAGUCUCGGCAGAUCACACAAGUCUACGGCUUCUACGACGAGUGCUACCGUAAAUAUGGCAGCGCAAACGUGUGGCGGCUGUGCACAGAGCUCUUUGAUUACAUGCCACUUGGGACAGUAAUUGAGCAGGACAUCUUCUGCGUUCAUGGUGGCCUCAGCCCUGUUAUUCAAACCAUCGACGAGGUGUACGUUCUAGACAGGAAGCAGGAGGUACCUCAUGAUGGCCCCAUGAGCGAUUUGCUGUGGUCAGAUCCAGAAGACAUCGACACAUGGGGCGUGAGCCCACGCGGCGCGGGCUACAUCUUUGGUGCCGAUGUUGUCAAACAGUUUAAUAGCAGAAACGGCCUUAGUCUCAUCGCACGUGCGCAUCAACUCGUUUUAGAAGGCUACAAAUCAAUGUUCGAUGGCAGUUGCUGCACUGUAUGGUCUGCACCGAACUAUUGCUAUCGAUGUGGCAAUGUCGCCUCAAUUUUAGAAAUAGGAACAAACCCUCAGACAGACAGAAAUGUUGUGUACUUUGGUGCAGCGCCGGCCGAUGUUAGGGGCCAUCUCGCCAAGCAUCCCCCACCGGAAUAUUUCCUGUAA